AUGACCCAGCAGCAAUCAGCCACCUCCACGGGGGAAGAUGCUCUUUUACAAAAGCAGCUUACGAAGAAUUUGCACAUCAGUGCCCGUUCGGGGGCCCCACAUGGGAAGUGCGUCUCUCCAGUUUCCCCGGACGCCGGCGUGUUUUCACCCGAGUGCUUCUUGCCCUCCUCCGGGCCGAAACGGAUCGUUCUCAGCACAACAAGCCCUGCUGCUCUCAAGGUGGGCACACAGCAGCUGAUCCCCAAAAGCUUGGCUGAGGAUAGCAGGUCCAAGCCCCCGUCCCGGCACCAGAGCUUCUCCGCAGCUGCCUCCAGCAAGGAGGUGGCCCGGAGCGACCCGAAGCGCAUGUCUACGCCGAGCAUCUCCUUCGAUGAACCGGACGAGGCGGAUCUGGAAGGGGGGACGCUGAAGCGCAAUCUGCGCAACAUGUCCUACCGGGUGGCGAUGAAGAGUGUGGGGAACGGCGGGGAAAUGGAGCCGGCCAAGGCCGUCAACAAACUGAAGUCUCCGCUGGAAGAAGGUGGUUCUCCUCACCCAGGGAUUCCUCCUCGUGGGAGACACAAGAAAACCUUUGGCCGGAAACGGAUGCAGAGACAUAGAGGUUCCUUCAAGGAUGAUCCCCGACUGUAUCAAGAGAUCCGAGAGAAAGGCCUCAACUCUAUCAGUCACGAGUCAGACGAUGACCUCCUGGACGUAGAAACCAUCCCGGAGGAGCCCUCUGAGUCAGCCAUCACGGUGAAAAGCUAUCGGCCUGCUCACGUCACCUGGAGCCAGCUCCCCGAGGUGCAGGAAGCAGGGUUGCUAGACCAGAUAUCUCCGGAAGAACACAAGAGGCAAGAGGCCAUCUUUGAGAUCAUCACCUCUGAGUUUUCCUACAUGCACAGUCUGGAGAUCCUCGUGGACCACUUCGUGAAAUCAGAAGAGCUGAAGGAGACCAUGACUCAGACGGAUCACCACCACCUCUUCUCCAACAUCAGGGAUAUCUUGGCCAUCAGCAAGAGCUUCUUUGAGGACUUGGAGAAGAGGCAUCAGGAGCAUGUCCUCAUCCCAGACAUCAGUGAUAUCAUGGAGGCCCAUGCGGCGCACAAUUUUAACCCGUACGUCAUCUAUUGUUCCAAUGAGGUCUACCAGCAGAGGACUCUCCAGAAGCUGCUAGCUGCAAACCCUGCCUUUAAGGAGACCCUGAAGCACAUUGAGCAGAAACCAGAAUGUGGCAGCCUUCCUCUGAUCUCCUUCCUCAUCCUCCCCAUGCAGAGAGUAACACGCCUGCCUCUGCUCAUGGAUACUGUCUGCCAAAAAACACAGAUGGACUCCCCUGCUUACGAUGCUGCCACCCAAGCCCUGAAGGCCAUAAGUAAGCUUGUGAAGAGAUGCAACGAGGGUGCUCACACAAUGGAGCGGACGGAACAGAUGUAUACCUUGCAGCAGCAGCUGGAGUUCGGGAAGAUCAAGAACUUCCCACUGAUUUCUGCUUCCCGGUGGCUGCUCAAAAGGGGGGAGCUCUCCCUUCCCCUGGUGGAAGAGGGUGGAAUUUUCCGGAAGGGCUCCGGACGUGGGAGCUGCUAUCUUUUUGUGUUCAACGAUGUCCUGAUCAUCACCAAGAAGAAAAGCGAGGAGAGUUACACAGUCCUGAACUAUGCCAUGCUGGAGCUGCUCUCAGUGGAGAAAAUCGAAAACCCCGGAGCUCCCUCCUCUCCCCCUGGCAAGCCGGGUUCAAGCGGCCUUUUCCGCAGCGGCAGCUUGUUCCGAGUGACCCUGAACAAGGACAGCGAAGGCAAACGGGAGGAGACUGUGCUGGCCGCAGAGACACGGAGUGAUCGCGCCCGGUGGAUCACAGCUUUGAUGCACGCGGUGAACAAAGGAGUUGACACUGUGAAGAAAGGAGAGCUCAAGCAGGUGGAGAUCACACAGGCUUACCUGGCCAGGCAGACAGAUGAAAUUUCUCUCCAGCAGGCUGACGUGGUCCUGGUGCUGGCCAUGGAGGAUGGCUGGUACUUAGGAGAGCGUCUGCGUGAUGGGGAGAAGGGCUGGUUCCCGCAGUCGUGCGCCCAGGAGAUCACCAACCACAACGCUGUGAAGCGCAACGUCCAGCGGAUGAAACGGCUGCGCAUAGAAACGGAUGUGUAA